GACCCGGGUCCGGGCCCAACAUGGCGGCCUCCACGGGUCGCUGGCUUCUCUUCCUUCUAUCGCUGCUCGGACAGCUUGGGAGGGCAGCUGGCGGCCUCGGCUCGGGGUCCUCCCGCAACGACGACUUGCUGCUGCCUUACCCCCGCGCACGCACGCGUUCCGCCCGGGACUGUGCGCGGGAGCUCGCCGGCCGCGGGGACCACGAGAGUUGGCCUCCGCCCGCCGCGACCGUCGGCGCCGGCGGCCCGGCGGUGCGCACCUUCGUGUCACACUUCGCGGGGCGUGCGGUCUCUGGCCACCUGACGCGGGUCGCAGUGCCCCUGCGCACCUUCUCGGUGCUGGAGCCCGGCGGGCCGGGAGGCUGCGAGGCGAGGCACCGCGCCACCGUGGAAGAGACAGCGCGGGUUGCCGGCUGCCGCGUGGCGCAGAACGGCGGCUUCUUCCGCAUGAUCACGGGCGAGUGCCUGGGGAACGUGGUGAGCGACGGGCGGCGGGUGAGCAGAUCCCGGGGUCUGCAGAACGCGCAGUUCGGGAUCCGCCGCGACGGGACCCUGGUCACCGGGUACGUGACUGAGGAGGAAGUGCUGGACAAGGAGAACCCGUUUGUGCAGCUGCUCGGUGGGGUCGUGUGGCUGAUCCGCAACGGGAGCAUUUACAUCAACGAGAGCCAGGCCACUGAGUGCGAUGAGACCCAAGAGACAGGUUCCUUCAGCAAGUUUGUGAACGUGAUGUCCGCCAGGACAGCUGUGGGCCACGACCGGCAGGGGCAGCUGGUGCUCUUCCAUGCAGAUGGACAGACAGAUCAACGUGGUGUCAAUCUGUGGGAUGUAGCGGAGUUCCUGCUGCAACAUGACGUGGUCAACGCCAUCAACCUGGAUGGAGGCGGGUCAGCCACCUUUGUGCUCAAUGGGACCCUGGCCAGCUACCCAUCAGAUCACUGCCAGGACAGCAGGUGGCGCUGCCCCCGCCAAGUGUCUACCAUAGUGUGUGUGCAUGAACCCCGCUGCCAGCCGCCCGACUGCAGUGGCCACGGGAUCUGCGUGGAUGGGCACUGCCAGUGCACGGGGCACUUCUGGCGGGGCCCUAGCUGCAGCCAGCUGGAGUGUGGUCCCUCCAACUGCAGCCAGCACGGGCUCUGCACAGAGACCGGCUGCCGCUGUGACCCUGGCUGGACAGGGACCAACUGCAGUGAAGAGUGUCCACUUGGCUGGCAUGGGCCAGGCUGCCAGAGGCCUUGCCAAUGUGAACACCAGUGUCCCUGUGACCCCCAGACUGGCAACUGCAGCAUCUCCCAAGGAAAGCAGUGUCUGCGGCCAGCUGAAGCCAGUUCAAGAGCUGGAGAAUUCUCCUUUUUUACUGGGACUACCUGGCUGGCCCUGACCCUGGCCCUGGUCUUCUUGCUGCUGGUCAGCGUUGCAACAAACCUGUCCUUGCUCUUUGGCUCGAGAGUGGAGAGGAGCCGGCGCCUGGGUGGGGAGUAUGUGUACCACCCACUGCAGGAGAUGAAUGGGGAGCUCCUGGCUGCUGACAAGGAGCAGCCUGGGGUCACCCACAGCCCCUUCAAGGACUGAGCUACAAGCUGCUCUGGAUUGCCUGUCCAUAGGGCCUGCCUUCGCGUGGCCCAGCAUCUGCAGGGGAGACCCAAAGGCCACAAACAUGCACUGUCCAGUGGCCCUGGCACUGCAACCGAGCUUCUGGUAGCACCUGUGCCUCUGCCCUCACCUGGCUCUGGCUCCUUGUUGCCCAUCUGCUGGGGCAGGUGCAGCCCUGGCCAUGCAGUACCCCAGAGAGAGCCUCUACUUCCCUGCCCACCUGCGUCUGCUGCCCAAGAGUAGGGUUCAGCUUCCUGGGCCAACAGACAGAAACCAUGAGUGAAUAAGUGAAUCAUGAUGGAUGGAUGGAUGGAUGGGCCCCAGCCGGCCCCUGGACAUAGGGCUGGAUAAGAGCCAAGUCCCAGGACCCUCCUCUCCUCAGCUCAUCACUGCAAUUGCAACUAGAAUGUGCCUCACCCCGCAGGACGCCCCUGAGGAGGGGCCAAGCUGACCAUGUUUACAGAUCUGUUUUGCUGCCCUGCUGCCAAGAGAAUGUUUUUCUAUCACUUGAAUAAAUUGGUGCAAGAAAA